AUGCUGACCUAUUUAGGAAUAAAGGUGGGAGCUGCCCGAAAGAAGUACGACGUAAAGUAUCCCACGAUGUACAGUGACAAGGAUAUGGUGUUCAACUGUAUUCAAAGGGCUCAUCAAAACACACUGGAGGUGUAUCCCCAAUGGCUCGUCUUCCAGACCAUUGCAGCGCUUGUCUACCCUGUCGCUGGCUCAAUUCUUGGAGCCAUUUGGGUUACCAGUAGAUUUUCCUAUGCAUGGGGCUACUAUACUGGAGAUCCAGCAAAGAGAAUGAAUGGAGCCUAUGGAUAUAUUGGUUACCUUGGAAACGGAGCUCAUUUCGGAAGAAGAAUCGGAGGGGGAGCAGAUAAAAGAAAACUAAUAAUUAAAGUUUCUUUCUUCAGAAGGAGAAUGUCCGGAUUCUUGGAUGGGAUCCGCUGCGGGGAUUGUGAAUGCAAUGUGGACUGGGGGGAAAGACGAAACGCCAUUGCAUCAGUAGCUGCUGGGGUCUUGUUUUUUACAGGUUGGUGGAUCAUUAUUGAUGCAGCUGUUAAGUAUCCGAGUGAGGGAGAGAUGCAUCAUGCUUAUCACACUUGUGGAGUCAUAGCGACACUGGCUUUUCUCAUGAUCAAUGCCGUUUCAAAUGGCCAAGUGAGAGGCGACAGCUACAGUGAUGGGUGCAUCGGACAGACAGGCGCUCGCGUGUGGCUCUUCAUAGGAUUCAUGUUGGCGUUUGGUUCUCUCAUUGCCUCUAUGUGGAUUCUGUUUGGAGGAUUUGUAGUGCCCAAGAAGCAAGAUGUCUACCCUGGCAUUGCUAUUUUCUUCCAAAAUGCGUUCAUUUUCUUUGGAGGAUUGGUCUUCAAAUUUGGACGCACAGAAGACCUGUGGCAAUAA